AUGAAGUGUCUUGCUCAAGAACGCAGCGCCAGAAUUCGAAUUCACGAACUUAUGAUCGUGAACCGAAUACACAAACCACCCAGCCACAUUCCUUCACCGAAAAUGAAUUCUAAAAACGAACACAGAAAACGGGAAAUCUCUGAAGAACGAUUUCUCAUUCCUCACACAUGUCCUGAGGAAAAGAUCGUCAAUCGAAAUAUCGAAAUACAACUGUUUCCUUAUCAAGUAUUUCAUAUCCCUAGAAACUUGACUUCAUGGAUCCUCGUUAUCCCUACAAAACUUCUCACUCCAAAUUUCUCUUCAACAUCUCGUGUUAAAUAUUUUACUGAUCAUGUUGUGCCUUGGGAAGGUCAUGAUCGAGUGACAGCCAAUAUUAGUGGAGAAACUAAUGCACGACAAACACACAAAGAUGAAAUUGAAAAUUAUAUCAAUGGCCGCUAUGUAUCCGCAUCAGAGGCAGUCUGGAGGAUUCUAGGGUUCAAAUUACAGGGUUCAUAUCCUGCAGUCAAACAGCUUACAGUUCAUUUACCCCAACAGCAAUACAUUUACUUUAAUGACGAUGAUGAUAUUGAAUAUGUUAUCCACACACAUGACAGGUCCACUCUCACUGAAUGGAUGCGAGUUAACCAGGAAUCACCAGCUAACUCAUUUGUAUGGACAUUACACUCUACUGGUUUCCCUGAAUUUUACACAUGGAAUAAUAGUGAGAAAAUGUGGCAUCUCAGAAAAAAUAAUACACGCUCAAUUGGGCGUAUCUACCUUGUUUCACUCAAGGAACAAGAGCAAUUCCAUCUGAGAGCUUUACUAUAUUAUAUUCCUGGAGUUACAUCAUUUGAAGAUACGAGGACUAUUAAUGGUGUAGUUUGCCAUAGUUACAAAGAGGCUGCAAUGAAACUGGGUUUAGCACAUGAUAACCCCGAUAAUAACCGAACCUGCAACUCAUCUACCGAUUUCUUCGAUAUAACCAUGGGCUCAUCUGACUCAGCCCACUUUACUGAUCUAUAUCGUUCGAAGAUCGGAACUGAGUUUUACCACAUUGCUUCUCUGAGUAUAGCAUUUAAAACUCAAGGAACUGAUUGCUCCCCGCCACAGCAAAACAUAAUGGAAGGCGAUCUUUACAAAGGACUUGAUUGA